AGGUCAUACAAAUAUUUGCACUUAAAUUUUAAUUCCAUUUAAAAAUUACAAGAUGUCCAAUGAGGUUCUGUUAACACCUGGCCAGGUCAUCAAACCAAUAUUGACCCAAGAAAACGCCAUUGAAAUUGUGGAAAAACUCUACGGUUUAAGGGUCUCAAAAAUCACUGAAUUGAAUGCUUAUGAUGAUAAAAAUUAUCACAUUAUUGGCAACAAACAAGAGUUCAACAAUCCUUAUAUCAAUGAGGUCAGCCAAGAUGGGUACGUUCUCAAGAUUAUCAAUUCUCUGGACUCGAAAAAAACUCUCAUGAUUGAAGCACAGACCGAGUUACUGCUUUUUUUAAAUAAAAAAGGGAUUAGUUGUCCUCUUCCAGUGAAGUGUAUCAGUGGAUCCUAUUUUUCCUUGCAAAAAAUUAAUCCUGAAACUGAAGAAGAACAUGCUGUUCGGUUAUUGGUAUACCUACCAGGAGAGAUUUUGACGAACGUGCCAAAAACGAACGAGCUGAUGCUGAAUGUAGGGAAGUAUGUAGCCACCUUGGAAAGAAUAUUGAAAGAAUUUUCUCAUCCCGUUUAUGAUGAGCAUCAAACAAUAUGGAUGCUGAAUUCUGUGCCGAAAUUGAGAGAAUUCCUCUACGUUUUGGAAAAUGAAGAAGAAAAAAGGAUUGUGAGUGAGGUGAUAGCAUUAUUUGAAGAGAAGGUACUUGCGAUUAUGGAUCGUUUUGCGAAAGGGAUUAUUCAUGGUGAUCUGAAUGAACGGAAUAUUGUUAUGUCUCCUGAUGAGAAGACAGUUGGUUCUGUUAUAGACUUUGGAGAUUCUCAUCACAGUUGUGUCAUUUUUGAUUUGAUUAUUGCUUUGUGUUACAUGAUGAUGCAAAGCGAGGAUCUUGAAUCUGGAAAAUUCGUAAUUCGAGGAUAUCAGACUGUAAGACAUCUGGUUGAUGAUGAAAAAUCAAUUAUUAAGGUUUCUGUCUGUGCUAGACUUUGUCAGAGUUUAGUUCUAGGACUUUACUCUUACAAAACUGACCCUAGUAAUGAAUAUACUCUUACGACGCAAAAAUCAGGAUGGAAGCUUUUAAAAAAACUUUGGCUGAUAAGUGAUGAAGAGAUUGCAUCGAUUUGGGAUCUAAUGAGUGUUGACAACGGUCAUGAGAAAGAGUAAGGACUUUUUGUCAAAUGUAAAAAAAUCAGGAGAUUAAACAUAAAUUUACAAUUUGAUAUUAAUAAUUAAAAUAUAGAGUGAUAUUAGAAGAUCAAUUUAUAAAUUAGAAUUAUAUCAAAUCAAUCUUUUUUUAUCAUUUGUAAUUUUUUUUUCAAGGCAAAUUAUUUUAUCAUUGGCUAAGAUAUUUUUCGGAAUCCAAUCUUGAAGUUAGAUCUUCUGAUAAGUCAGUAGCAAUGUUAACGCUGUAAGAUAAGAGAAUAUAUAUACUGUAUUUAAUUUUUUAAAAGAUUUAAUCUU